AUGUCUCGCAGAGCUCAGGCAGUCAAUUAUGCAGCAUUUGAUGAUGAUAAUCUUUCAGAUGAGGUUUACGAGGACAAUGAUGAUCUCGAAUAUGGAUCUGGAUCUGGAUCUGGGGCUGGAUCAGCUUCCGGCCCUUCUCGUAAAAGAAAGACCACAAAUAACAACGCAGAUCAGCUGAGUAAAAAGCAGAAAGCGAAAGCCAAAGUGAAGACUACAGUCGAUGCAUUAAAGAAUGAUUUAGAUGACAACAACUACUCUGACGAAGAUUUAAUAGAUAUCACCCCAGACAUCCCAGCAGAUUACAUUCCAGAUGCCGUCUCCAAGUCAUUUGGAAGAGCGGACUUUUCAUACCUCAAGUUGAAGCCUGACCACUUUUCACGGCCAAUAUGGAUAUCACCAAGCGACUUGCGGAUCAUUUUGGAGUCAUUCUCGCCUUUGGCAGAACAAGCACAGGAUUUUUUGAUCACUAUUGCCGAACCAAUCUCACGUCCUUCGCAUAUUCACGAAUAUAGAAUUACGGCAUACUCACUUUAUGCAGCUGUCUCAGUUGGUUUAGAGACUGAUGACAUCAUAUCGGUGCUUAAUCGAUUGUCGAAAGUGCCUGUUGCAGAUUCUAUUGUGCAAUUUAUCAAGGCAGCAACAGUGUCGUAUGGUAAAGUUAAGUUGGUCUUGAAAAAUAACAGAUACUUUGUAGAGAGUACACAAGCAGAUAUAUUGCAAAUGUUACUAAAAGAUGAAGUUAUUGGACCAUUGCGAAUGCAAUCAACAGAAAAUACAGUCACCAGUAAUGGAUUAGUUCAAUCUGCGCCACCGCAAAAUGAUAUCAACAUUCCAGGAACAAGGAACAACCGUGAAGAAGAAGCAAAGGCGAAAGAAGCGGCGGCAGCAGCAGCAGCAGCAAACAACGGAAAAAAUGAAGUAGAAGAUUUAUUUGCUUCGGUUGUAGGUGGUCGUGAUGAAGACGACGAUAUGGACACAGUGCAUUCUUUUGAAAUCUCACAUGACUCUGUGGAAAUUGUUAAACGAAGGUGUCAGGAAAUCGAUUACCCCGUGUUGGAAGAAUACGAUUUUAGAAACGAUGCUAGGAACCCUGAUUUGGAAAUUGAUUUGAAACCUUCAACGCAAAUUCGUCCGUACCAAGAAAAGUCUUUGUCGAAAAUGUUUGGUAACGGAAGAGCAAGAUCUGGUAUCAUUGUUCUUCCAUGUGGUGCGGGAAAGACUUUGGUGGGUAUAACUGCGGCUUGUACCGUUCGAAAAUCUGUUAUUGUUUUAUGCACAUCCUCUGUCUCGGUGAUGCAAUGGAGACAACAGUUUUUGCAAUGGUGCACUAUACAACCAGAUAAUGUUGCUGUAUUCACCUCCGAGAAUAAGGAAAUGUUUGCCAGUGAGUCAGGAUUGGUUGUAUCUACUUAUUCAAUGGUUGCAAACACUCGUAAUAGAUCACACGAUUCACAAAAAGUGAUGGAUUUUUUGCGUUCACGUGAAUGGGGAUUCAUCAUUCUUGACGAAGUGCAUGUUGUGCCGGCAAAUAUGUUUAGACGUGUGGUUACUACAAUUGCAGCACAUGCCAAACUAGGUCUUACAGCUACGUUGGUGCGUGAAGAUGACAAAAUUGACGAUUUGAAUUUCCUUAUCGGUCCCAAACUAUACGAAGCCAAUUGGAUGGAUUUGGCACAAAAGGGCCACAUUGCAAAUGUGCAAUGUGCCGAAGUGUGGUGUCCAAUGACCGCCGAAUUUUAUCAGGAGUACUUGAGGGAAAGUGCAAGAAAAAGAAUGCUUUUGUAUAUUAUGAAUCCUACCAAAUUUCAAGCUUGUCAAUUUCUUAUCCACUACCAUGAGAAACGUGGAGAUAAAAUUAUUGUGUUUAGUGAUAAUGUUUAUGCAUUGCAAGAAUAUGCUUUGAAGUUGGGCAAACCUUUUAUCUUUGGAUCGACGCCACAACAAGAAAGAAUGAAAAUUUUGCAAAAUUUUCAACAUAAUGACCAAAUUAACACGAUUUUUCUUUCCAAGGUGGGUGACACUUCCAUUGACUUGCCAGAGGCUACAUGUUUGAUUCAAAUAUCGUCACAUUAUGGAUCAAGAAGACAAGAAGCGCAAAGAUUGGGUCGUAUUUUGCGAGCCAAGAGACGUAAUGAUGAAGGUUUUAAUGCAUUUUUCUAUUCGCUUGUCUCCAAAGAUACGCAGGAAAUGUAUUACUCAACAAAAAGGCAAGCCUUUUUGGUGGAUCAGGGAUACGCUUUUAAAGUUAUUACCCAUCUUAGUGGUAUGGAGCAACUUCCUGAUUUGGCAUACGCUUCGGCGAGAGAACGUCGUGAGCUAUUGCAGCAAGUACUUCUAAAGAAUGAAGAUGCUGCAGGACUUGAAAUCGGAGAUGAUGUCGACACGAACUUCAUUUCAAGAGAGCAAAGACAAAGGUAUGAAAAUUCAAAACAAAAUGGUGGUGCAUCAAGAACAUCGGGUUCGUUGGCUGGUUUGGCUGGUGGGGAGGAUAUGGCUUAUAUCGAAUACAGCAAGAACAAAAAUAAGGAGUUGAGGAACUCACACCAUCCAUUGAUUCAAAAAAUGUACUAUAAGAAAAAAGAACAACAACAACAACAACAGCAGCAGCAGCAGCAACUGAAACAAUCACUGCUGCUGUAUCUGCGUCAAAACCAGUACAAGAAACGAAAGUAG